AUGUCAUCUUCAGCGAAAAGCAGUGGUGAUCAUAAUUACCAUGUAUCACUGCGAAAGGGUACUCUUUGCGCAGUUUCUGUUGAUAAUUUGCUAGAUAAAUCAUUAUCAAAAGAAGACAUCGAUGAGAAAACUGACGCUGAUGCUCUUGCAAUUACGAAUAUUGAUGUUGCUGGCUCAUAUUCUACGCUUGCAAGUCAUAAAACAGAGUCUCCUGCUUCGAAUGAUGUCACUGAUGACAAAAUAGCUUGCGUAGAACCGAAAAAUGACUUAGUGAAAACGAAUAAAGAUAAUGCGCAUUUUCCACACUUAUCAGUACCUGAUAAUAAAGCAGCGCCUAAGAAAAUACUGACAGGUACCAAAUCUGAUGCCUGUUUGCUGACCAGUACAUUUAAAUAUUAUGGACGAUCACUAAGUAAAUCUGAUUUAAUAGAACUAAAGCGAACGGUUGUGAAAUCGGAUUUCAAGCCAGUACAAGACCCGUUGUCUGCAUCGAAGUUAAGAAAAAAUUAUUCUGUUGAUUGUCAUCCAGCUCACACGCCACCUAUAUUUGAAAUAGGUGAUAUGGAUUUUUACAAGUUUUAUCAGAAAUCAUCACGAUCUGGCUGUGAGAGUGUUAUCGAUUCGGAUGGAGGUGAUUCAUCCAAACCUUCUGUACUUUUUCCAUCUGUCAGAUUACUCGUAGCUGCUUUAUUAUGUUGUUGUUUCAUCGCUCUUUCCGUGAGCACUUCAAAUAUGGCCGUAGCGUUAAUUUGCAUGACCUCAUGUCCUGUUCGUGGUUACAAAGGAGAUUUGCACUGGCGAAGCGAAGAGGAAGGUGCUAUAUUAGCGGCACAAAAUGUUGGAUCACUGUUAAUGGUUGUCACAGGACUUUGGGCUGAUCGGAUCAAUGGUAAAUGGAUGGUUGGUGGUAGCUUAUUAUUAUGCACCGUUGCUAAUGUAGCGUUACCAAUGAUGGCAUAUGAAAAUGUGUGGUAUGCUGUUGUUGCUAGACUUGCUAUUGGAGCAGCAGAUGCAUGUCUUACGCCCGCAACUAACUCCUUGAUUACUCGUUGGUUUCCACAAAGUGAAAGAUCUGCUGCAUUAGGUAUCGUUACAGGUGGUCGUCAAAUUGGAACAUUAUUCAUUUUACCAACUGCCGGUUACCUUUGUACACGCAGAGAUAUAAUGAAAGGCUGGCCUGCAAUAUUUUAUUUGAGUGGCCUUAUCUCAAUAUUAGUUGCCUUAUUCUGGAUACCAAUGGGUGCUGACAAGCCUUCAAAGCAGUAUUGUAUAUCUCGAAAGGAACAACUUUUCAUUGAGAACAGAAUAGCUUGUGAAUCUAUUGGCAAGCGCACUGCUCCAAGGCAUACUCCUUGGUCUGCAAUAAUCAGGUCAUCACCACUAUGGGCUGGAGUAUUUGCUCUUGUCUGUCAUGAGUACCCGCUUGUAAUAAUGUUACAGUUUUUACCCAACUAUAUGCGUGAUGUAUUACACUUUUCACCAGCUAAAAAUGGAAUCGUUUCUGCUAUACCUAUUGCUUGCUUAUUUUUAAGCAAAACUUUCUCCUCAAGCUUUUCAACGUGGCUCAUAAAACAUUCUGAUUGGAGUAAAACUAACAUUUGUAAGAUGUUCAACGGUAUUGCAUCUGCAGGUUUGUCCGUAUGUGUUUUUACAGUACCGCAGUUUGACCGCGAACGGUCAUUUCUAGCAACUGUUGCAUUAUGCGGAGCAAUGCUUUUCGCAGGUUUACAUACGCCAGGAGUACAAACAGCUUUGGUACAGCUUGCGCCACCCUAUUCAGGCGUCAUCACUGGUAUAUCGUUUUUUGUUGUUGCAUGGUUCGGUAUUGGGAAUAAACUUCUCACGAAAUUUAUCGUACAGCAAGGCACAUCAGCGGAAUGGGCAAAGGUGUUUUAUGUAUCAGGUACAGUAGCAGCGCUACCUGUGAUAAUCUUUACAAUUUGGGGGUCUAGCGACCGACAAUGGUGGUCAGCUCCAAGUUCAAAAGCUUCAGUACACAGUUUGAAUACACAAACCACUUCAAGUUCUAACUGUGGUUAG